AUGGCCGAAAGGAAACUUGCCUCGCAAACUCUUCAAAGAUUUACUGAACUAGAAGAACUUGCAGAAGAAAUUAUGGAAGACAAACAUCAGGUGAAGCAUAUUCUGUGACUUAGAGUUAAGUCGGUAUCGCCAUGUAUGCAAUCUGUCUCUUGCAACCUCGUCCCCAUAUAUCAGGCUAUAUAGGGCGCUUUUCCCUUCGUUUUUGGGCUGAUAAGUAAAACCUGCAUGAUCAAUCUACGCUAAUAGGCGAGGUAAGUUGCUAAGGAAAAAAAAACGCUCAAAAGUAUGGCCGCAGUUCCGCACACCUCUUCAGAAAUUACAGUUUUUGCUUUACCCCCUCAUAGAGAAAGAGACUCUUUUUUGAUACCAGCCCUCAGAAAUACAUGAUGUGUUUAUGUGAUUUUAUCUAGCACGCGAGAGCAGAUAACUUUUGAGUCUUUGUUUCAAACGCCUUAAAAGCGUUUGCUCUCACAGGCCAACUUUUCUCUAAUCUGGCCUUCUUUGAACACCCCUGGUGAACAAAGCCAUCCUUAGAGGGGGAUGGGACAGGAAAGGGAGAAGUAGUGGGGCAACCAUCAUUAACCCCUUUAAGUUAUACCUGCCAACUCUCACGCCUGCGGGUUGAAAACUUCGAUCUCACGCCGGCUCACGCUUACAGGCCAAUUUCUCAAGCCUGAUUGAAAAAUGUGAGUUGUUGCCGUCUUGCUUGACACAAUUUCUAAAAAUAUGUUAACUCAGACCCAUGUAAGGAACGAAAACCAUGUGUAAAAUGAGUAAAUGACAAUACCUUCCUCGCGAUCUCUGGUUUUGUGGAUAAGCGUUUUCUCGAUAACUUCGCCUUCGGCAGACUUCGGACGUCUUCGGAAGACUUCGGACUUCUUCAGGAAUCUUUGGAAAUGGUUGUGUCCUCUUCAAAAAUCCCAGCACUCCCAGGAUAAAAAUCUCACGCUUAUAUCUCAGAAAAAGUUGGCAGGUAUACCUUUAAGUCCACAUGAAAAUUUAACUGCAAAGCCUUGUUAUAUUUCCAGCUACCAUCACAGAUCUUUUUAAUUUUGUUCUCUGUAAAUGUUUUUGUUAGAUUGUUGAGCUUGACAAGAAAAGAAAUGCAAACCGAGAAGCUAUGAGAGCACUCAAAAAAGGAGAUACAAAAUCUGGUACGGUAAAGAAGUUCAAUUUUGUUCCUCUUCAAUCACCUUUUUCUGUUUCACCUGUCUAUGACCUUCUAUGUCUGAGUGAGACAUAGGGACUAUCCCUGCUGAGUGGGGGCAUAAGGCUUUGCGAUGAUGCGGUUUUGCUCGAUUUUUGGUGCAGUUUUGCGGAAAUUUUUAUUUUAAGUUGCCUUAUUGCAGUUUAAAAAAACCAAGCGGUUUGUGGUAUUUAGAAAUUUUUGGGUAAUUUCAAUGUCAUUUGCAGUUUUCUUAUGUUUUUCUAUGUGGCAUUUACAGUGUUCUCCCCAACUUUUAGCACAGCAGGUAAGAGACCAUUCAUAGCCGGUAAGGCAAAAAAAUAGUAUGCACCAGAGGUGCACUUUCCUGGGGACAAGGGGGUAGUGGAGUGCAGGAAAUGACACUGCCCUUGCUGGGAAAUUUAAGAGCUAAGUUCUCUAAAACGUCAUAUCUUUAAGACCAGACAGACCAAAAACGUUAUCCCCCUAAUGUUAAAUAAUAGUUUAUUUGUAAAGCAAGUUUAUUAUAUUUUUUAGCCACCAAGUCUUGGGUAUGUUUUGGAAACACCUUUAUGAAGCUUCCCAGUUCCAAUGUACAAGAAAUGUUACAGAAAGGUUAGUAUCAAAUGUGAGGUUAUAACUGUGCAUAAUAAAAAUAAGUGCUACUUACACCUCAUCUCUCCAUAAAAGAACAGUAUUGCUUCAAAAUUUUGUUAAAAAAGCACUUUAAAUACCCUUCUUCUUUGGUUAGAUCAAAAGAACUUAGAAGAGGAAAUUUCCAAACUUCGGAAAGACCUAAAGCCUAAAGUCUCCAAACUCCAUGAACUAGAAGGUUGGUUGCCAGCUGUCUAAUAUGUUUCUAUUUUUUUCUGUGGGAAUGCUUUUAACAUACAUGGGGAAGCAGGGUGGGUAGUCAGGGAAGAUACAUGUGUGUGAUGACCACAGGAUACCCACUUAAAAACCAAACACUAAUUCUUGUCACUAUGUUUAAAAAAAUUAGCACAACCAAUGAGCACCUUUUGAAGUCACAUUUCUGCAAUUGCAACAAAAUUGCUGAGACAUUGUCCUCAAGUGGGAUACAUUGUGUGUAUGUUUGGAAAAUAAAACAAUCCACACCCCUCCCCUCUCUCCUCCAUUCAAAGUUUGGGUGUCUCUUGUUUUCUACAGGUAGCUUGAACAGCAGCACAACAUUGCAUGAAGGGGUUGGGAGAGGGGAAGCCUUAUUUUCCGCUUUUAUGUUGGCAAAAUCUUAGAGAGGCCCUUUAGGGAAAAUGCCGCAACUAGUUUUGUCACCAUUGUGUGUUGUAGGGUACUUUUGUUAGAAUUUACUUACCUGUGGGUCAAUUUACACUUUGGAAGCAACUGAAGAGUUAAAAGUUGAAUGAUUAAGAUAGAAUGGAAACCACUAUAACCAUGAACCAAAAAAUUACCCCACUCAGAUUUGCCAGCUAUUUCUAAAUCCUUAUGACCUCAGCUGUCUGUCUUUAAAAACCAAUCAAAAUGGGUGUACACCUUUGUAUUCAGUACAUUGAAAUAUAUUCUAUUUUACCUUAAUUGUCUGGUCAGUCAUAGAUUGUAGAUGUUGAUGAUGUCAAAAUGUGGUCAAUACAAAAAGAGUAGGUAUACUACCCUGGGGGACCCCAUAUGAAAGAAACGGGGGUGCUUGUCAAAAAACUAGAAUUAAAUGCCUAAAGGAGACGAAUCUGGGUGUAACUUGGGCUUUAUUUGGCUCCCAAAGGAGACCAUACUCCAACACAGUAUCAUGUAAAGAUAUUUCUUUAUGCACAACACUAAGUGAUACCUGCAUGGAUAAAAAUAAUGGCUUUCUGUCAAGAAAACCUUCAUUGUAAAUUGUCAUGUAAAUUGUAAAUAAUUAUCAUAUUAUUCCCCUCAGAGCUUUUAUGGAUAAUUUAAACAUUGGUUGGGGUAAUUUUAUUUAGCUAGACUGCUUAUGGUGCAGUUUACAAUAGUAUUGAUUAAGUAAUGAUUUGUGAAUGCCCAUCAUCAGGGACACCCAACGUUAAGUUUCGAAGUUUCCGAAAAUAUCUGUUCAGAAGACGAUUUGAGAUCUAGAAUUUUCGGAACAUUUUUUGUAAAAUUUCUUGCCUGUCUGCCUCUCCUAGGAUUUUCGAACAUCAAAAAAUAUGGUAUAAUUGGCCAUUUUUAACGAAUUUUUACCCUAAAAAGGUCACCUAGAAUUUCCGGGAGCCUUUUUUCUGGCUGAAGUUUUCGAAACGGUAAGUUUUGAUCCCCAGGGGCCCGACUGACAUACUUUAAUGACGGGGGGGUCCGAAGGAUUUUUUUGGGUCUGACAUUUUGGAGAAAAGGGAUUUUUUUGGGUCGCGAAAACAACACAGGGAUUUUUUUGGGUAUUGUAUUUUUCAUCAGCUCAAAUCAACAAUAACAUAAGCGAAAUUUACUGCUUGUGUGGUAUUACGGGAUAUUUCUGAGAUUGUAAUCUAUUUGAAAAGUAAUUACCGGCACUCCACGCGCAUCUAUAAAUCCAGAGAGAAAUAUUCAAUAGGUCACGUAAUUCAAGACCUUUCAAGCCAGUCAUCAAGACCACAAUGGAAACACUGUAUAAAAAGUAAACAUUUUAUGAAUUAGAUGUUUACCCGCUGAUAUAUAACUAUUAUCAAAUGAUUACGUUGCUAUGUAAAAAUAAAGGCAAGGAAAACUGAUUUUGUAAACUAAACUCAAACCGGGAGUCAAUGCUGUUGAGUUCCAGCAAGAGCUAAGAGGUCCAGUCAGCUGUGAUCCCAUUUUUGUUGUAUGAUGAAGUUCUCUUGAAAAUAUUAGUAACAUAACAUCAAGCUUGCCAAAGUGGUUUAUGAACCCAUACAAAGAUGAGUCGCUGACUCAGUUAUUUCAGAAGAUAAAUAAUAAAAUUUGCUGAUGCAAAAACACUGAGGGGUUUUUUUGGGUAUGCUAAAAAAAGUAGGUAUUUUUUUGGGUAGACAAAUUCUGAAGUUGGGAUUUUUUUGGGAUAUAAAAUAUGAACCUCUGUCGGACCCCCCGUCAUAAAAAAUAUGUGAGUGGGGCGCCUGGGUUUUGAUCCCUAUAAUUUUCGGAUCAUUAGACUUUCAGCUAGGUAAUCCGAACCGAUGAAAAAUUUUUAGAGGAUAAAAAUAUGUCUAUAUCUACCGUUUAAAUACUAAAAUACGUUUAACAAUGCCAUGUUUAAGUGGUUUUGAACUAUAUUCUCGUUGGGCGCCCCUGCUUCAUGUGAAAGUGCAUUUGAGAUAGACCACCAGACCAGGGACUAUUAUACAUCCCCUACUCUUAAACCUCCCACAGAGUUUCUACCCCUAAGCGAGAUACCGAACACCUCCAUCAUUUUCCUAUAAGAGUCAAUUCGGGGACUUACUAAUGUUCUAAUAGUACACCGUUUUCGGGUAAUCACCAAUCAAAGUGCAUAAGACUGUAUAAAGUGUUUUGAAUGGUUUCCUUAUAGGGUUGCCUGAAGUGAAAGGAUUUGACUUAACUGCAUUAACAGAAGAUGACCUAUCGAAUCUAAAGCCUUGA